CGUAUCGAUUGUGAUCAUUAUUAUCAUUCAGAUGAUUGUGCUACAUUUUGUCGUGAACGUAAUGAUACAUUUGGUCAUUAUUCAUGUGAAUCGAAAAAUGGACAUAAACAAUGUUUAUAUGGUUGGAAAGGUGAAAAUUGUGAUAAACCAAAAUGUCGUAAUGGUUGUAAUGAAAUGCAUGGAUUUUGUGAAUUACCCGAUGAAUGUCAAUGUCGUAGUGGUUGGCGUGGUAAAAAUUGUAAUGAAUGUGUACCAUAUCCAGGUAAGUUUUAUCAAAUUUUUGCAUCAUUCAAAAAAAAUGAAAUUUGAAACGAACCAAAAAAGAAAUCCAA